ACCGUAUCUGAGAAUUUUCAACGAAAAAUAAAUUCAAGAAAACGUUGACUUUUCUCAAAAUAAUUAUGAGUUCAUAUAAUUACCCAAGAGAUCGUUCACAUACUUCAAGGUCUUACUCUUCAGACCAACAACCUCAGGGUCAGCCACCUUUAUUACCACCACCUACUUCUACACGUUCUUCUUCGUUCAAUUUAAACACUUUACUGAAUUCCUCCGAAGAACAACCGAUUACAAACUAUUUACCACCUAUAACACAACACAAUACACAACACUAUACACAACCAACAAUUCCUUUUUCAUAUCAUUCUCAGCCGUCAAGUAGUUCACAUUACGGGCACAAUCAUACUGAUUAUUCCUCAUCAUUGCCACACUCUGUGCCUAUACAACAUCAGCCUAUUCCGCCUUUUAGUACUGCCAACUGGGAAUUUACAGAGUCUCCGACCCGCCAAUUACAAAAUCCUCCAUAUAAAAUCGAUCACGGACCAUCAUCCUUACCAUAUUUCAACUCGGGCGUAAGUCAAGCUCCCGUACACCGUAUUCGCGAAGGAACCAGUAUAGUUCCACAAGAGACAUUAUUGCGCCCGCCACCUGUAAUGUCAAUUCCACAACUUUUGAGCGGAGACCCGAGCGAAGAUUUGGAUUACUCUUAUUCAAAAUCACAAAAUGGUUCUGGUGCAUAUGACGAAUAUAGUAGAAGAUCAGCGGUAGCGCAAACAACGACGUCAGACAGCGCUGACGACAAAGACAGUGCUGCUACUGUAACUGAUGUCAACACUGAUAAUGAUGUAAGAGAUUCAGCACAAUCGGGGGAUACAACCGAAGAAGAAAAUCUACUUCCACCGGUACGAAAACCUUCAGAGUCAAAAACCGGAUUGCCAGUGAAAUCAAAACCAAUUCAAAAUCCUGCACAGACAUCAUCACGAGCGAUACAAGAGCAAGAGUCACCUAAAGGUACAAAAACUACUCAUAUACCUCAAGCUACGAAAACCAAGCCCGCUCGAAGCCGUAGAGCUGCAAGUUCUUCAUCAAUAGGCUCAGUAUCACAGGCCUCCCAAGCUCAAAAAAAUAUAAAAACUGUUCGAUUACGUAGAGCUGCAAGUUCUUCGUCUCUUGAUUCGGCAUCUCAAACUUCCCAAGUCACUAAACCUAUAAAAGCAAUUCGAGUCCGUAGAGCUGCAAGUUCUUCUUCUCUUGGUUCAGUAUCGCAGGCUUCUCAAGUUUCAAAGCCACCAAGUAGAUUGGAAUCUCCCAAACCGUCACGUUCAAAUAAGAAUAUUCAGGCUCAGCGCAAAGACAUAGGACAUACUUCGGGUUCAUCAACGGUAACGGCUGCAGAGAUGAAAUCAAAAUAUGCAUUAAGUGAACCGAGCAGUGAUUCUUCAAGUAGUGAUUUGAGUGACACUGAAGAUAGUAAUUCUGAUUUUAGCUUAGAAGGAAGAUAUAGUGAAGAUGUCGUAAAGUACAUGAUACAAUUACAUCAGCGUACCAAACGUACUAUAGAUGAGUAUGAAAAGCGAUGCAAAGAAAAGAGAGAAAAACUGCGCAGAAAAUUUCUAACUCGUAUUAACAAUCGCAAAGCAAUCAUUGCUAAGGUAACAGAGACAGAUAAUAUUAAUAAGAAACGAAAGCGAGCUCCGCGCAAAGCGAAGAAGAAGCAUGAUACAAAACGGGCCAAGAAGCUGCUAUUUCCGGAAAUUGAAACUGAGAGUGAAAUUGAUGAUAAGAAGCGUGAAUCUAUUUCUUUGAAGAUUCGAAAACAAAAGGAAGCAUUAGAGUUAGAAGAACGAAGAAGAAUAUGGAAAGAUAUCGUCCGAAAUGCAAUACCAAGAGUACAUAAGAUCGUAAAUCAAUCGAUUACGUCACGAACAAACAACGCUCGCAAAAUUGCUCAAAUUUGUCAAAAAGAAGCUCGUAAAGCUACUACAAAGUGCUACAGAUCCCAAAAGGAUAUUCAAACCAAAGCUAAACAAGCAAUGCGACAGAUGCUGAUGUUUUGGAAACGCAAUGAAAAAGAAGAACGUGAGCUACGUAAAAAAGCCGAAAAAGAAGCUUUGGAAAAGAUGAGAAUUGAAGAGGAGUUACGAGAAGCUAAGAGACAAGCGCGCAAACUUAAUUUCCUUAUUACGCAAACCGAGCUUUAUAGUCAUUUCGUUGGCAAAAAAAUAAAUCCUGAAGAUGAACAUGGAGAAUCUUCGGUAUCUGUUGUUGCUGUAAGUAGCAUUCAAGAAACUGGAUCUUCUUCUGACGAUACAAACAAUGAUACAGAAAUAGAUGCUGAAACCGAUUCUCAAGCACCUACUUCUUUCAAAGAUAUCAAUUUUGACGAAGAGGAUGAUAUCACACUUGCAGCGAAAGCUCGUGCAAGUGCCAAGAAUGCUCUUGCGCAAGUUAAGGCACAUACUAAGAUUUUUGAUGGGGAAAGAAAAGCUCUACAUAUAGCUUCUGGUAAAUCUGAUCUUUCGCUAUCUAAUAACGAUUUGGAUCAUAUGAACUUCCAAAAUCCUUCAAGUAUGCCGUCAGCUGCAGAAAUAAAACAACCAUCUUUACUCGCAAAAGUUACUUUAAAGGAUUAUCAGUUGAGAGGAUUGAAUUGGUUAGCUAAUCUCUAUGAACAAGGUAUUAACGGAAUAUUGGCCGAUGAAAUGGGUUUGGGGAAAACAGUUCAAUCCAUAUCAUUGAUGGCACAUCUCGCAGAAGCGCAUAAUAUUUGGGGUCCUUUUUUAGUCAUUGCUCCAGCUUCAACCCUUCAUAAUUGGCAAAAGGAAAUUUCAGAAUUCCUCCCUAGCUUCAAGACAUUACCAUAUUGGGGAAAUCCCAAGGAUCGAAAUGUAUUACGAAAAACUUUAAAUAAGAAGAAUAUGAUUUUCAAUGCUGAUGCACCUUUCCAUGUAGUAAUUACAAGCUACCAACUGAUUGUUCAGGACAAAGCGAAUUUCGAGAGGACAAAAUGGCAAUAUAUGAUUUUGGACGAAGCACAAGCCAUCAAAAGUUCUUCAAGUGCUCGAUGGAAGACUUUACUAGGUUUUCAAUGUCGCAAUAGACUACUGUUAACUGGCACACCGAUACAAAAUAGUAUGCAAGAAUUAUGGGCACUUUUACAUUUUAUUAUGCCAACACUCUUUGAUUCACAUCAAGAGUUCAGUGAAUGGUUCUCUAAGGACAUUGAAAGUCAUGCUGAAAAUAAAGGUUCAUUAAAUGAACAUCAACUUAAGAGAUUGCAUAUGAUUUUAAAACCGUUUAUGUUGCGUCGUGUUAAGAAAAAUGUUCAGAAUGAACUUGGUGAUAAAAUUGAGAAGGAAGUAUACUGCCAAUUGACUGCAAGACAACGAAUGCUUUAUCGUGGAUUGCGUGAAAAAAUUUCAGUGUCUGAAUUAUUGGAAAAGGCUGCUACAUUACCGGAUAAUGACAGCGUUGAUAGUUUGAUGAAUUUGGUUAUGCAAUUCCGUAAGGUUUGCAAUCAUCCAGAAUUAUUUGAACGAGCAGAUGUAGUAGCUCCUUUCUCCUUCUGUAAAUACAGUUUGACUUGGAUGAUCUCGCGCGAAGGAGAUAAUUUAUAUCUUCCUUAUUCAACAAAAAAUUUGAUCAAAUACGAAAUACCUAAAACAGUAUAUCGAUAUGGCGGUAUUUUAAAUAUUCCUAGCCAUCAUUCUAAUGCAGGAUUCCGAACUAAAACAUUUAAUCAUUUGAUGAACAUUUGGCGACCUGAUUACAUAAAUGAGUCCUUGCGCGAUAGUGAAAGUGACACUUUCACUUUCUUGAAAUUUAUUGAUACAUCUCCUUCAGGAGCAUCACAAAUUUUCUUUGGGCAUAUAAUAAAAAGAUGGAUUAUCCACCUUUUGCAAAGAACACAGUGUUCGCGAAGAAGAUUUUACUUAACUCAGGAUGAAAGUUAUCAAGACGCGCCGGUUAAUACUUAUGCUCGCUUUUUGAUCAUGGAAACUUCAUCGUCGAUAUCACCCAUAAAUGCUGAUGAGUCAUCUGUAUUGGGUAAUUUGACAAAUAUAUUUGCACAAUCAUCACAGUAUGAGCUUGCUGUUCUAGAUCCGUGCUAUAUACCAAAGGUGAUCGCUCCACCUAUUGAGUUUGUCUGUCGUGACAAGUGUUUUUACAAUGAUAAAGAACGGACUAUGUUUGAUAAUUCAAUAAGAGCUACUCUAAUCGGGGUCGAUAAAUUAUUGAGUGAGAAAGACCGAGUUUUCAGUCCUAUUGGUCAAUUCUUAACAGGUCCCGAAGGAAAAAGUAUAAUUGGACGACCAUUAUUACGAGGCCAAGGCUUUUCACAUAUGCGUGUUCCAGCUGUGAAAAAAUUAAUUAUGGAUUCAGGAAAAUUAUACAAGCUUGAUAAACUGCUUGAAGAACUUAGAGCUGGUGGACAUCGUGUCUUAAUUUAUUUCCAAAUGACACGCAUGAUUGACCUAAUGGAAGAAUAUCUCUCAUAUCGCCAGUACAAAUAUUUGAGACUUGAUGGUUCUUCUAAGAUUUCAGAUCGUCGUGAUAUGGUCGAGGAUUGGCAAACUAAGCCCGAAAUAUUCAUAUUCUUAUUAAGUACACGCGCUGGUGGACUUGGCAUUAAUUUGACUGCAGCGGAUACAGUCAUUUUUUAUGACAGUGAUUGGAACCCUACGGUUGAUCAACAGGCUAUGGACCGUGCACAUCGUUUAGGUCAAACAAAACAAGUAACAGUAUACAGACUCAUAACAAAAGGCACGAUCGAAGAGAGGAUCUUACAGCGAGCCAAACAAAAAGAUGAGAUCCAAAAGGUUGUUAUAUCUGGUGGUGAAUUUAAACAAGUGGACUUUAAGCCUCGCGAAAUUGUAUCUUUACUUCUCGAAGACGAUGAACUCGAAGCUAAACUUCAAUUGAAACGUAAGGCCGAGGAAGAAGACAUCAAGAAAAAGGGCCGUUCGUUAAAGCGUCGUAAGAAGGACGCGCCAACCACAAGUUCUGUAGUCGGGUCAUCAAAGAGCCUCGAAGACUUAUGGCAUGAAGAAGAGCCGCCAAUGGCAGAAACGGAAGGCAGUGGUGUUACAACACCGGCUUCUUCAGUUGGAGGAAAAAAGAGGAAGCGAGUUGCGAAGGCAGCUCCAAAGCCAGCACCUACAAAACGCCGUUCCACUAGAGCCACUCGUAGCUCUAAGACUCCUGUCUCUGAACCUAUGAACAUUGAUGCAUAAAAUAAUUUUCCUUUUUUUAAAAAAUUUUAAUUUUACAUUUUUUUUGCAGUCCUACUCAUCGAAAUUUUACACAAUGGGCGGGAUCACUUAUAAUAAUCGUUUGUCAAAAUAAAAUAAAUGACAAAUAAAUAAAUAAAUAAAUAAUAUGUAAAUUUUUAGAAAUCACCAUUACACUAUUAAUAAAAUCAAGCUAGAAC